UACUCACGUUUUCUAGGAAUCCUGUGUUUAGUUUUCAUUUAUCUAUAAAUUUCAGAUAAACUAGCUAUGUGUAAGACAAUUCAAAUACAUGGAUUCCCAUCUAAUGUUUCUGCUGAAGAGGUAAUGAAAUUUUUGGAGCAACAUGCUGGAUUCCAAACUGUUCUAGCUGUAGAGAUUAAGCAUCAUAAAGAUGGAGAUUCUAUGACACAUGUUAAUGUUCAAUUCACAGACAAAAAAAGUGUUGAAACAAUCUUAAACUUAGUUGCUAAACACCUAUCUUACAGUGGAAAUGUUCUAAAUGCUACAUUAAUAAAACCUGACAUUUUGUCAAAGCCAAGGAUCUUUGCUUACAACGUGGAUGGCGUUGGAAUACACUUUGGAUGUCAAACAUCCAAGAGAAAACUUAGUGUACUUUGGGAACAUUCAAAUGCUUCUGUUAAAUUCGGAGCCAGAUUAAGAAAAAUGUAUAUAUUUUUCUGCUAUUUGUCUAAGGAUUAUAAGAUGCAGAUCAAUUCCGAGAGCAUAUCGCGAAUUGAGAUGCAUCGCUCACAUUGUCGUACCAAGAAACUUCUCCUUUUUCAGUUACGCAGUGCUCCUCGGAUCUACGAAAAAGAUGUUUCUGAAAUCAAGUACUUUAAGGAAGCUUAUGACAACCAUUGGUUUAGAAGUGUUGAUUUCACCCCAUCAUGCUGCAUUGGCCAAUCAUCAUCUUUAUGUUUUGAGCUUCCACAAAAUACCGAGGUUCCGAAUUUUUGUCAGUAUUAUAGAAAUUUUUAUAAAGUUGAUAACACCUUUGAUCUUGAGAAACAACUUGGUUUCUCAUCAAAUUUGAAUUUUGUCCCCAUGGUGAUUCCGCCAGAAGGAUUCAACUUGCCAUACAAAAUUCUGUUCAAAAUCAACUCACUAGUUCAACAUAGUUGCCUUCCUUUGCAAGCAAUUGACACUAAUCUUUUUCAUAUGGUUGAUCCACAAAGAAUAAAAUUUGAAUAUGUAGAAAGUGCUUUGAAUAAGUUAUAUCAGAUGAAAGAAUGUUGCUAUGAUCCUGUUCAAUGGUUGGAGAAACAAUAUCAAAGAUACUCAACAAAUAGUUCAAUUCCUAUAUCUAGUUCCAUUUCUUUAGAUGAUGGAUUGGUGUAUGUUCAUAGAGUAAAAGUAACUCCCUCCAAAAUAUAUUUCUGUGGUCCUGAAGUGAAUCUUUCGAAUCGAGUUUUGCGCAACUAUCCUGAAGACACCGAUAACUUCCUCCGCGUUUCUUUUGUUGAUGAGAACAUGGAUAAACUCCGUUCAUCUGAUUUGUUGUCAGGUUCCUCUCGUAUAGAUGUGGACGGAGAAUCAAAGGUUCAUCAAAGGGUACUGUCUACACUAACGAACGGCAUAGAAAUCGGUGACAAGAAGUUCGAGUUUCUUGCUUUCUCGUCAAGUCAAUUGCGCGAUAACUCAGCGUGGAUGUUUGCACCGAGAACUGGACUAACUACGGGUGAUAUAAGAAAAUGGAUGGGAGAUUUUCAUGAAAUCAAGAACGUGGCAAAAUACGCGGCAAGGCUUGGUCAAUCAUUCAGUUCUUCAAGGGAAACAGUGAGUGUUGGAAGACACGAAAUCGAAAUCAUUCCUGAUAUAGAAUUGAAACGAGGCAAAAUCAAAUACUGUUUCUCUGAUGGAAUAGGGAAAAUAUCGUAUGAAUUGGCUCAAGAAGUUGCUGAAAAAUGUGGUUGCAAGGAUCAUAUAAUUCCAUCUGCAUUUCAAAUCAGAUAUGGUGGAUACAAAGGUGUUGUUGCUGUUGAUCCUAACUCAUCAACUAAACUUUCCUUGAGAAAUAGCAUGUGCAAGUUUAAGUCAGAAAACACGAAACUAGAUGUAUUGUCAUGGAGCAAAAACAAACCGUGCUUUCUUAACCGUCAAGUAAUUGUUCUGUUGUCCACACUCGGUGUCAAGGAUCGAAUCUUUAAAAGGAAGCAAAGGGAGAUUGUUAAUAAACUCAAAAUGAUAUCAAGAAAACCAUUCAAUGCACUAGACAUGAUGUCACAAGGAACAAUUACAGACAUGUUAAGGGAAAUGAUUAUUUGUGGAUUCAAUCCGACAAAUGAACCUUUUCUUUCCAUGAUGUUGAGAACAAUAUGUGCAACAAAGUUACAAGAGUUGCAGCUCAAAACUAGGAUUUUUGUUCGGAAAGGAAGAUCAAUGUUAGGAUGCUUGGAUGAAACAAGGACAUUAAAAUAUGGUGAGGUAUUUGUGCAGAUAUCUCUUCCAAGAAAAAAUGUUAUGUCCUCAAUUUCUUCUAAGGACAUUGGAGCAAAAAAAGGAAAAUAUAUUGUUAAGGGGAAGGUAGUUGUAGCCAAGAAUCCAUGUCUUCAUCCAGGAGAUGUAAGGAUUUUGAGAGCGAUCGAUGUACCCUCCUUACAUCAUAUGGUAGAUUGUGUUGUUUUCCCACAGAAGGGGAGAAGACCACAUCCUAAUGAAUGUUCAGGAAGUGAUUUGGAUGGAGAUAUCUACUUUGUCUGUUGGGACCCUGCCCUUAUUCCUCCUCAUCAGGAAAAUCCAAUGGAUCAUUCACCACCUAAAGUCAUGCAUGUUGAUCAUGAUGUCACAUUACAGGAUGUAGAGGAGCAUUUCACUCACUACAUUGUCAAAGACACCUUAGGAGUUAUUGCAACUGCACACACUGUGUUUGCUGAUAAGGAACCUGAAAAGGCAAUGAGCCAUUCAUGCAUAGAGCUUGCGAAACUACACUCGAUCGCCGUCGAUUUUGCAAAAUCCGGCGUGCCGGCUGAAGUACCACAACAUCUGCAUGUAAAACAGUAUCCAGAUUUCAUGGAAAAGCAAGACAAACCAACUUAUCAAUCAAACAGCAUAAUCGGAAAGCUUUACCGCGAGGUGAAGAAUGUUGCACAACAAAAAAGCCUAAAAAAAUCAUUCACUAAAAAAGCUGCAAACAAGUUCUAUGAUCAUGACAUGAAAAUUGAUGGUUUUGAGAAAUACACAAAAAUUGCUUGUGAAUACAAACAAAUGUAUGAUACCAAGUUGAUGAAUUUAAUGGAUUACUAUGGUAUAGAAACAGAAGCAGAAAUAAUUAGUGGCAAUAUUUUGAAGAUGUCAAAAUCUUUCAAUGAUAGAAAGGAUAAAGAAGGAAUAAAUCAUGCAGUGAUGUCACUAAGGAAUGAAGCUAGAAGUUGGUUUAGUGAGAUGAUAAGAAAAUCAAAUUCUCAAGGUGGUGGUGGUGAUGAUGAUUCUUAUGCUAUUGCUUCUGCUUGGUAUCAUGUAACAUAUCAUCCUAGUUAUUGGGGAUGCUACAAUGAGGGACUAAAUAAGGAUCAUUUCCUAAGUUUUCCAUGGUGUGUUCAUGAUACUCUUAUUCAGAUAAAGAAGGAUAAAACCAAUAGUAGAAUCUAUGGAAUGAAAGUUUGGAGAAUGCUGAAAAUGUUUUUCAUCACAUUAAUGUUUUGCAUUUUAUUGUGGAUAGUAGUGCAUUAUCAUAUGAAUUUGUAUAGCUAAAUGUUGCUAAUUCAAAUUACUUGUUGUACAAUUUAUUACAUGCGUAGUAAUAUACAUUAUCUAUUUGUGAU